CUCCCUCCAUCCCAUGACACAGACGUCCCUUCAUGGGUACUAGCACUGGAAGAGUUGUAAGUACGGUCGCACUGUUAGUGCUGCUGGGUGCGACAAUAUGCUCAGCCACUAGAGCCUUGUUGAAUCUAGAGGCAGGAAAUUAUGGUGCUGGCCACGGCAUUGGUGGCGGUGCCGGCUAUGGAGCCGGAGGUGGAGUUGCAGUCGCUGGAGGUUAUGCUGGUGGAGGGGGUGGCGGAAGCGGGGCCGGCUAUGGUGCAGCUGGAGAGCAUGGAGUUGGUUAUGGGAGUGGUGGUGGAAGUGGCGGCGGAGCUGGGUAUGGAGUAGGGGAGUAUGGUGGCUCUGGUGGUGGUAGUGGAGGAGGCGGUGGUUAUGGUGCCGCUGGAGGAGAUCACGGAUUAGGCUACGGAAGCGGAGGUGGUAGCGGCAGUGGAGGUGGGUACGGUUCCGGUGGAGAGCAUGGUGGUGGAUAUGGAGGUGGCGGCGGCGGUGGUAGUGGUGGUGGUGGUGGCUCUGGUGCUGGAGGAGCACAGGGUGGAGGCUAUGGUGCAGGCGGGGGUUCCGGUGGUGGUGCAGGGUAUGGAGCUGGGGGAGAGCAUGGUGGGGGAUAUGGCGGCGGUGGUGGAAGUGGUGGUGGGGGUGGCUAUGGCGGUGGAGCUGGGGCAGGGCAUGGAGGUGGUUAUUGGAGUGGUGGUGGAGCCGGAGGUGGUGAGGGCUAUGGCGAUGGAGGAGAGCAUGGCGGCGGGUACGGUGGCGGAGGAGGGAGUGGCGGUGGUGGAGGUGCCGGUUAUGGAGGAGCUGGAGGGCAUGGAGGUGGUGCUGGCGGUGGGAGUGGCGCCGGAGGUGGGUAUGCCGGAGUGCAUGGUGGCUACCUCCCUUGAGGUUGGCCUUCUAGCACUACUACAAAGGGUCCUCUCUUCUUCAAUCGUCAGUAGCAUAAAAUAAGCGUGGCUAUGAGUGGCCCGUGGUAAGCGUGCAUGUGUGGAAGUCCAAAGCAUUAGCAGUACAAUGAUCUUGGAGUUGAUUGUUUCGCAUUGAGCCCAAGCUAAAUUGACUGUAAUCAAAGUAUAUAAUAUUCUUAGAAUGAAAGAUGGUAUGCUUAUUAUCUA